CAAAAUAUAAGGUCCAGAUUUGUAGGACAUGAUGUCUCUCAACAGACAUUCAAGUCCUAGCAUUACUCUUAAAUAUGUGUGGCCUUUGAAAGAGAAUAGCAUGUGCUAUUGCCUAAUGCAUCUGUUCCACUCAAUCUGCAUUUUGAUCAACCGCUCAUUACUUGCUAUUUCCAUAUAAAAACUGUGAUAUCCUCAACCAAAUUCAUCACAAAAUCAAGUCUAAUUGAGGGUCUAAGCCUACCAUCUGCAGAAGUUCUUGUAUUCUCCAUAAUCCCCGAAGAUUAUCCUUUGAAGUUUCAAUUUUUCUUGAGCAUCAUGGGUGUUCGUGUGCCUCAUAUCACUAAUCUCAAGCAAAUUCUCAACAGACAAUUUUCCUUAAAGAAUCUUGAUCGUAGUACAAAUGUCCCUAAAGGAUGUAUUGCAGUUUAUGUUGGGGAGAACAAAAGAAGAAGAUUUGUAGUUCCGAUCUCUUACUUAAACGAGCCCACAUUCCAAGACCUGUUAAGUCAAGCUGAGGAAGAAUUUGGGUUUAGUCAUCCUGAAGGAGGCCUGACAAUUCCAUGCAAAGAAGACACCUUCAUUGAUCUGUUGAACAGAUUAUGAGAGUUUAUAUAUAUGUUGUUAGAUAGUGUACAAAUUUUGUAAACUAGUCCAGAAAUUUUAUAUAUGACUCCCAUAUAAAUCUUUUAGGUAGAGCAAUAGCUGAUACUUUAAUUGUAAUUUGAUCACAUUAAUUUCUACAUGGAUUUGAUCUCUGCAAUCUUUAAUCUUUUAGGUAUUAUAUAU